UAUCCCUCGUCUCACAUCAUCACGACCCACGACCGCCGGUAUGACGCGUAAAACGCGCGCAUCUGGCGCAAAUGAUCCAGAGUCACUGAAAGAGAACGUUGGUCUUGCGGCUGUCAAAGUUAAAGACGAGAAAACCAAGGUCAAAAAGGAGAAGUCGCGUCGCAACGUAGACGAGGAGGAACCAGAGGACUCCCAUGUUAACUCCCAAGCCAACGGCGUUGAUGCUGAAGAGGGUGAUGAGGAUGAAGAGGGCGGAGAGGAGGAUGGAGAGGGAUCCCUGCGGCGCAAGCGGGCUCGUGUCAACGAAGACGGGGAGUCAAGAGCUCACUCUAUGGACAGAACUCAGGAGAGGAUUCGCGUGCAAACACUUCCUCGCGAUGAAGACGGUUACAUUCCAGGCUCCAUCGUGCGCAUACAGCUACAGAAUUUCUUGACAUACGACUGGACCGAGUUCCGGCCUGGUCCCUAUCUGAACAUGAUCCUUGGCCCCAAUGGUACGGGAAAGAGUAGUAUCGCAUGUGCAAUUUGCUUGGGCCUGAACUGGCCAGCAAGUACCAUGGGCCGCGCAACAGAUGUCAAGUCGUUUGUCAAGCACGGUGCGACUGAAGGAUACAUCGAGAUCGAACUGAAAGGAGCCAAAAAGCAACGCAACGUCAUCAUUAGGCGCCAUCUAUCAGCGGACAAGAAGUCCUCUUCGUUCACUCUCAACGGUAAAUCGUCCUCUGGCAAGGAAGUCACGGCCAAAGUCGCCCAGCUGAAUGUUCAAGUCGGGAACCUUUGCUCGUUUCUACCCCAAGAUAAGGUGUCGGAGUUCGCGCAUAUGUCUCCCCAGCAGCUCCUGCGGGAGACUCAGCGAGCUGCUGGUGACUCCCGCCUGACAAACUGGCACGACACUCUCAUUAACUCCGGAAAGGAGCACAAACAAUUGCAAGAGAAAAUGACGGACGAGCAGAACACGCUCAAAGUUAUGCAAGAUCGGAACAAUCAAUUAGAGCGCGAAGUGCAGAGGUAUCAGGAGCGCAUGCGCAUCGAGAAAGAAAUAAACAUGCUGAAUAUCCUCAUCCCUGUUAACGAGUACCACGAAGCACGCGCUGUUUACAUGACAGCCAAAGAGAAGCAGCGAAAGCUUCACGUCAAGGUGAAGAAGCUGAAGGAGAAGAAUGCGCCUGCGCAUGCCCUGCUCGAACAAUUAGGCGUCCAGUACAAAGACGCGGAAAAGGCACGGGAGAAGAAGAAGAAUGCAACCAAGGCAAAGUUCACCGAAAUGAAAGGAAAGUGGGCGCACAUGGAUAAGCUGGAAAAUGAAGCCGAUGACCUUCAGAACAAAAUGGACAGCCUCAAAAAGCAAGAAAAGGAGCGUUUGAGGAAAAUCAAAGAACUUCAGUCUCAAAGCACUAGAUGGCAAGCGGAGCUUGACAAUCCUCCUGAGUUCGAGGAUACCAAUGCCAUUAUGGAACAGCAAAGGGAAAUCUCGGCGAAAAACACUGAAGUCAAGAAACGUCUUGAUAAUUUGCAAGACCGGCAGAAAGUCAACGUCGAUGAGUCCGAAAAGCAUCGCUCAAUAAUUGGACGUGCUCAGGAUGAGUUCAAGAAACUCGAAGAUGAGCGUCACCGUAAGCUGCAGAGACUCGGCCAGUGGGACAAGGAUCAUGCCGACGCUGUCAUCUGGUUACGGAACAACCACGAGAAGUUCAAGAUGGAGGUGUUUGAGCCACCUAUGAUAUCCUGCAGCGUACCUGAUGGGAGAUACAUCAAUGCUGUUGAAGCGUGUUUUUCUGCUAAUCAGCUCAAGACAUUUGUAUGCCAGUGCGAGGAGGACUAUCAGACUCUCAACCACUACCUGAACGAUUCGAGCGAGGCAGGUCUGAGGCCCAACGCGCGUAUUAAUGUUUGGUUCCGGCCAAAGCGUAACCUCGUUCCUCCACCUUUAACUCCCGAAGAGCUGGCAGAAUUCGGUUUUGGUGAUUACGCCCUGAACUACAUCGAGUGUCCGGAUGGUCUCCUUUGGUUCUUCAAACGCGAAAUGGAUCUUCACCGGACCGCUAUCGGAUUAAAUGGGUCCAAAAUUGAUACUGGGCGAGUCAUGGAAGCCGUAUCUAGGUUUGGUCCAAAUGGCGAGGGCGGUGGUGCCAACUUUAUCGCGGGCAACGUGAUGAACAGAGUUCAACGCUCACGCUAUGGCCGGCGUCUGCCUCAGAAUCAGACCAGGGACAUCCGACAGGCCAGAAACCUUGUGAACAGCAGCAUCGAUCCGGAGGUCAAGCGGAAGCUCGAGCAGGACAUCCAACAAGCGGAGCGGGCGCUUACAGUUUUAGAACAGGAGUCAGCUACGUUGACUGCCGAGGAGCGUGAAAUCAGAGGUGAUGCGAAUAAGUUCAGAAAAGACUGGGAAGACCUUGAGGCUCGUAGACGGAAAGUUCAGGAGACCAAGAAACACCUGGCCACACUCGAGGCCAAGAUCGACCAGAAUCGGAACAAGAUCGCGAAUCUUGAAAACGCUCCUUCCGUCGAGGACGAAAGGAAUCGCCUGAAGCAGAAGCUCAUCGAUGUGUCGAAGAAACGUGUCAAACUGGUGAAGGAAUAUUCGACUCUCAUUCGUGGGGUUAUUGCCGACCAGACCGCAGCCACGCGCUGUGGGAUAGAAUUCUUACAGAUAGGAGCGAACAGGAAUGCUCUUGACGCAAUGUGCCAGCAGAAGGCCGAGCAUUAUCAACGCGCGUUGGCAGAGUUUGAAGAAGCCGACAAAGCGUAUAAUCGCGCGAAGACAGAUGCUAAGAACAAGCGCGACGUCAGCUUGCAGCUCGUCCGGGACAUGGACCAAGAGUUCCAGGAUGAAUUUGAGAGGAUGGAACACGAUGGAUCGGUCCACGCCCGGACCGUGAACGAGCUUCGCGCAGAACUCGAGACUCAAGAGGCAAACCUUGAAAUGAUCAUGCAAACGAACCCAGGUGUCGUGGAGCAAUAUGAACGGAGGAAGCAGGAGAUUGAGAAUAUGACGAAGAUGCUCGAGAGUCAUGAGAAAGCUGCGCAGCGUCUCGAGCGUGAGAUCAAGACUGCCCGGGACAAGUGGGAACCAGCGCUCGAGGAGCUUGUUGCAAGCAUUGGCAAAAAGUUUUCUGCCGCCUUCGAUCGAAUUGGCUGCGCCGGCGAGAUUCGAAUCAAUCGGCAUGAAGAUUACGACAAAUGGGCCAUCGACAUCCUCGUCAAGUUCCGUGAUAAGGAAAAGCUGCAGCUUCUGACCGGCCAGAGGCAGUCUGGUGGAGAACGCUCAUUGACCACGAUUCUUUACCUCAUGAGUCUGACCGAGGAAGCGCGUACGCCCUUCUCCCUCGUGGACGAGAUCAACCAGGGCAUGGACCAACGUGCUGAGCGGGCAGUGCACAACUCUAUGGUUGAGGUCACUUGCAAGGAAGACAGCGGGCAGUACUUCCUCAUCACGCCAAAGCUGCUCGCGGAUCUGAACUACCACGAGCGGAUGAAGAUUCUGUGCGUCAACAACGGAGAAUGGCUGCCCGAUGAAAAUGCGCACAAGGUUGGAAACUUGAUGGGCGUGAUCGACAACGUUGUGAAGCUCCGCGAUCGUUCGACCAGGGCUACGUAAACUGGACCGCGCCGUAAUGGCUCUCUAAUAAACCCGCAACUUAAGCUUACAUCCUUCUAUAAGCUAUCGUAUGUAUCUUUUUAUUCAAAUUAUCGUACAGCCUCGCGCGCGCGCUACCGUCCGCCUGUUGUAGAUUAUAGAUGUUUUAUUGCGUUUGGAAUGAGGUAAGAAUGCGUACUCAUACACUGACGCCAACAUAAUGUCAAGAUCUGUAAAUCUCUAAAUUUCCUCCUGUAUGGUAAACAAUCUACACGGAAACCACGCCCUUCAAGAUCGCCAAUUCUGCAUUAAUGAUACUGCUCGUCGCAGCUCCUAUCGACACAUUGUUGGCGAGCACAACAAACUUGAUGUCGAGCACCUGACAUUGGCGCACCCGGCCGACGUUGACGCCCGCGCCAUCUUGAUAGUAGCGGUCGAGCCUCGGCUGCGGCCGGUCCGGCUCCUCGUGGACGAAGAUGGCAUGCACGGGCGCAGACGGGCAGCCGACCGACUGCGCCUCCGGGGUAUACGACGCGAGCGCUUCGCGGACCUGCUGUGGGCUGGGUGGGGGCCGGCGCGCGAAGCGCACGGAGACGGUCAUGGUGUGGCCGUCGACGACGGGCACGCGCGUGCACGACGCGGAGACGCGGAGCGGGUUCUUCUGGCGCAUGUCGAACGCCAGCGAGCCGUCGUCGUUCUUCGUGAUGCCGCCGAGGAUCUUGAGCGACUCCCAUUCCAUCUUUUCCUCCUCGCCGCCGAUGUGGGGCACGACGUUGUCGAGGAUGUCGAGCGAGGGCACGCCAGGGUAGCCGCCGCCGGAGAUGGCCUGCAUCGUGGUCACGAGACAGGACUCGAGGGGGCCGAAGGCUUUCUCCAGCGCAGCCAGGGGGAUGAUGAGCCCCGUGGUAGAGCAAUUGGCAUUUGUGACGAUGAAGCCUUUCUUCAGCGGAGGGCUGUGCAGCGAGCGUUGUUGUGGGAUCAUGGAGAGGUGGUUCCCGUUUACGAGGGGGACGAUCAGCGGGACGUAGGGAUCUUUGCGGUAGUUCUUAGAAUUCGAGAAGACAGCGAGGUCCGCAGUGCGAAACGCGGAUUCUAUGUCACCAGCAACCUCCGCGUCCAGGCCGGAGAACACGAUGGCACAUUCGGCGAAGUGUUCUGGUUUGCAUUCCUGGAUGACCAUGUCUCGCACGGUCGAUGGUAUUGGGGUGGUCUGCUUCCAUGCUGUCGCUUUUGCGUAUGGCUUGCCUGCAGAUCGAGCUGAGGCGCCGAGAGCGUGGACCUUGAAGAAAGAGUGUUUUGAUAGGAGGACAAUGAACCGCUGUCCAACGGUCCCUGUUGCCCCAAGAACGCCGACGUUGACUGUCUUUUCCUCAGGGACUUUGAAAGCCUUGGAAGUCAUGGGCAAGAACGAGGGCGAAAUGAGACCAGGAGGAGGG